UUGGAGCAUGCAUUAAAUGUGGCUGCUUAUCUGAUCUUUACAUUGGUUCAGCUGGGAGGUGAUUCAAGAGUUAGUGGAUUACAGGGUGUACUUUUUUAUUUUCAAAUUUAGUUUGUCUCCUCUUCUGUUUGUGUGCAAUCUAAGCAUUUUUUCAUGAUUGUUAUGUAUAUUCAUCAACGGUUCCCUUCUGUUUGUUCCUCAGACGGACAUCAUGAAAUUCGUGGCUCUCGCUCUCGCCCUGCUGCUGGCAGUGGGCUCCCAUGCUGCCUCCAUGCAGAGUGAUGCAGUCUCCCAGCUGGAUCAGGUCAGAGGUGCUGUUAAUGUCGCCCUGGAGGAUGUGAUUAACAGUCUCAAGAAUGCCGCUGCCAACCUUGAGGACACCGAGUACAAGGAAUACAAGGAUCAGCUGGGUAAGAGCCUGGAUUUGGUCCACGAGAGAUUCAAGGCUGCCCAGGGCGAAGUAGCCCCUUACACCAACGCAUUCAUCGGCCAGUUCGAAGAAUCUGCCACUUCAUUCUUUAACACCAUGAAGGCUGAGAUUGAAGCCCUGCGCACCGAGCUGGAGCCCCAUAGUGAAACCGUGAGGACUGUCGUAAUGAAACACUUAAACGAGUACCGCGCCGCUCUGGAGCCAGUCAUCGACGAGUAUGCUGCCAAGCAUAGGGCUAACAUGGAUGAGCUGAAGACCAAGCUGGAGCCCAUUAUCGAGGACAUGCAAGCCAAGGUGACCACCAAUGUGGAGGAGACCAAGAAUGCCGUGAUGCCCAUUGUUGACCACGUGAGCGGCAAGAUGCACGAGCACCUGGAGGCCCUGAGGAAGAUGGCUGAGCCCUACGUGGCUGAGUACAGGGAACAGCUGAAACAGGCCGCCACCGACAUGAGCGCUGAGGGGCUGAAGGAGAAGGUCGCACCUUUUGUUGAGGAUUUCAAGGCCAAGCUGAGUGCUUUCUGCCAGAGCCUUACUGCUGCCAGCAAGAAGUAA